CCCAACCACCAAGUUUCGUAACGGGCCAUGUUAGCCCUACGUUUUUAAUAUCGUAUUAAUGUGAAUACAAAUCAAUGAAAAUGGUUGAAGAUAAAACAAUAGACACUGUUCAGGUAGCGCUGCGCAUCAGACCUUUGAUGCAACAGGAGACCGAAAGAGGCUGCGAUGAGUGCAUUGACGUGAUACCUGGGGAGCAACAAGUGCAAAUAAAAGACUUAGCUUUUACAUACAAUUACGUAUUCGCGCAGCAUAUCACUCAAAGAGAAUUUUAUGACACUGCUGUGAAAGGACUAAUAGGAAAGUUAUUUCAAGGGUACAAUGUAACAAUACUGGCAUAUGGCCAAACAGGGUCAGGCAAAACUUAUACCAUGGGUACUAAUUACUCUGGGUCAGAUGGAGACUUCACUAAACUUGGAGUUAUCCCGCAAGCAGUGGCAGACAUCUUUGACUUUAUUGAAACUCAUGAAGACAAGUUCAUAUUCAAAGUGAAUGUCUCUUUCAUGGAGCUAUACCAGGAGCAGUGCUACGACCUGUUGUCAGGGAAGGAGCGUGGACACAGUAUUAUCGAGAUCAGAGAGGAUAUCAAUAAAGGUGUAGUUUUGCCAGGUAUAACCGAAUUACCUGUGGCAUCCACAAUGGAGACAAUGCUAGUAUUAGAACGAGGGUCUGCUGGUCGUGUAACAGGAUCGACAGCAAUGAACCAAGCAUCCAGUCGAAGUCAUGCCGUUUUUACAAUUAUAAUUUCUAAAGAGAGUCGGAGUGACAAAAAUAUAGCAACAACAUCUAAGUUUCAUCUCGUCGAUUUGGCUGGUUCAGAGCGCAUAAAAAAGACAAAAGCUAGUGGAGAGCGGUUGAAAGAAGGUGUGAAGAUCAAUCAAGGUCUCCUUGCACUUGGCAACGUAAUUUCCGCUCUCGGAGAUGGAACCAAUCGAAGUUACAUCAGUUAUAGAGAUAGCAAGCUCACUAGGCUUCUUCAGGACAGUCUGGGAGGCAACUCGCUGACGCUGAUGGUGGCGUGUGUGAGUCCGGCCGACUACAACCUAGACGAGACCGUGUCCACGCUGCGCUACGCCGACCGCGCUCGACGGAUCCGGAACAAACCGGUCAUCAACCAGGACGCUAAGGCCGCCGAGAUCGUACGGUUAAACAAUUUAGUCAACGAACUCCGACUGCAGCUUUUAGGCAAAUUGCCAACUGUUAAUGAACAAAAUAAUGAAAAACUGCAAGAGGAGUUAGAAAGGGAACGAUCUAGAUAUGCAGAGCUGUUGAAGAAACAUAAACAAGUCACUGAACAUCUUGGCAACAUGUUGAUUGAGAACACAAAUUUAUGCGAAAAAGCACUUUUAGCUGAAGCAGCCAAGGACAAAAUAGAACGCAAACUGAACGAGCUCACGGAACAGUGCAAUCAGACUAUUGAAAAUCUUAACAUGACUGAUAAAUCUGAUGAUGAACAUCAGAAGACAUCGGUAGUCGAUUAUUUGAAAGAAAUUAAGACUAGGCUUGAAGACUUGCAGUCUGUCAACUUGAAGAACAAUGAAGAAUUAAUUGAUCAUGAAAUCAAGCUAUCGUUUGUCAAAGAUGACAAUGAUAAUGAGAAAGUUGAUGAAGAUGUCGUAUUAAAUGAGGAUCAGGCAGUUUUGGAAGAAGAGAAAAGGGCAAUGGGACAGGUGGCACUAAAUCAAGAAUUACAAGAAUUAAACCGUGCCAUGGCCAUUAAGGCGUCAGUAGUACAAGCAAUAUUAGCCAACAAUAAAGAAAUGCUGGACUCCCAUCAUAAUUUACGUGAAAACGAGGAAAAGAUCUCGCACCUAGAGAAAGAACGAGAUGAGUUACUUCAGCAAUUGAAACAGACUAAGAGCAAAGAUCCAUCGCACGAAGAGAGACGCACGAAAGUAUCGACCCUCGAAUCCGAGAUAUCUGAACUGAAGAAGAGAUGCCAGCAGCAAGCCAACAUCAUCAAGAUGAAAGAGAAAAACGAAGCUAAGAUAGCCUCACUCAAUGCUGAACUGCAAGCUAUGAAAGUUACUAAGGUUAAAAUAAUAAAACAAAUGCGCGAAGAAAGCGAAAAGUUCCGUAAGUGGAAGGCGGACAACGAGCGCGCGCUGCUGCGGCUCAGGAACGAGGAUCGGAAGCGCGCCACCGCCAUGGCCAAGAUGGAGACUCUGCACGCUAAACAACAGAACGUACUCAAACGGAAGAUGGAAGAGGCUGUCGCAGUUAAUAGGAGACUUAAGGAAGCACUGGAUCGUCAGAAGACGACCGCAAUGAAGCGCAGCGCUAAAGGCAACGUGAAGGCGGGCGCCGUGCAGCAGUACAUCGAACAAGAACUCGAAGUUCAUCUCAGUAUUGUUGAAGCCGAGAAGUCCUUGGAAGAACUCAUGGAGUACAGGGCAUGGAUCACGGAACAAAUCGAGAGUCUUCGCAACAGUACAGACUCGGAGGUCAACAAAAAGAAAAUUGCUGAACUUGAGGAUGACCUUGCUCUGCGUAAGGCUCAGAUAUCAGAUUUGCAGCAGAAGAUAUUGACAGCAGAUCAAGAAAAUAAAUCACGCACCCAAUGGGACAACAUACAGUCCAUGCUCGAAGCGAAGGUCGCUCUCAAAUGUCUAUUCGAGUUGCUGGUCGACGCCAAGAGAGAGCUGCAGAACCAGAGCGAGAAGGGCUACCAGGCGCGUUACGAGGAGGUCAAGGAGGCUCACGACCGGCUGGCCGUCGAGUUCGACAACAGCAAGGCGGAAUUCGAAAGGCAGCUGAUGAAUGUCAAGAAACAGAGCGAACAAAAGCUGACGGCGCUACUGGCGCUGCAGCGCGGCGUGGUGCGCGGCGACAAGGGCGAGGCCUGCAAGCAUCUGCACAACGUCAUACAGGCGCAGCAGGACAAGCUCGAGCAAGUUGAAGAUGAAAACAAAAAACUGAUGGAAGAAUUAGAAGAGCUACGUGCGGCCGGCAAACGCGCCAAGAAACGAUCGUCGAAGAAGGAGUCCUCGGGCGAGGUCAAGAAACAGGAGUACACCGAGCUCACUGAUGAGGACGACGACGAGUUUGAGGACAGAGACAAGGACCCAGACUGGAGGGCCACGCCUCUGUUCAAACGGAUACAGGCGCAACGUUCCCGGCUCACGAUGAACUUCAGCAUGGCGGCGGAGGGCGCGACGGGGGGCGCGGCGGAGGGUGCGGCGGAGGGCGCGGGGCGGGCCGUGAAGCGCGGCAGCGACGGCAGCCCGCACUGCACGUGCCGCGGCAGCUGCGCCACCAAGAUGUGCGGCUGCGUCAAGAGCGAGCGCGCCUGCCGCCCCGCCUGCCGCUGCCAGCACGCGCUCUGCCGCAACCGCCGCGCCGCGCCCGCCUCCGACUCCGACGACAAGGAGAACAACCCGUCGAGCACGGAAAUAUCACUGGACACGACACCGCCCUCGUAUUUUGAUAAACGAAAUCAUCUUGACGCGACAUUUGUUAAAAAAAAGAAGAGCUAUUUCUUCCCACACGACCAGGCGAACGAGGACCACAGACCCGUUAAGACUGAAUGAGCGAUGCUCGCAAUAGUAAAGACGAGAGUAGAUCGGUGGGAAGGGGAACGCUCAAGAAUUCCUGUAUUUUAAUUUUGUAAUCUAAAUUAAAUGUACUAUGUAUUACUAAUUUUUUUUUAUUUGAUUAUUUAUAUUUUAGCUCGGAAUGCCUCUCGUCUAUAGUACCGAAGACUAACCUGCGUUUCGCUUUCGAUUUGUCAAAUGUAAAUUUGAACCGAAUCCUCUCUCAUUUAUUUAUUUCUCUCUUAAAGGUAUAGUACAAACACCAAUGGAAAUUAACCUUAUAAUUUAUUUUGUAAGCCUUGAAAGAGCUGAAGUCUGUACUAGGUUCAAAGACCUGUAUUAUCAUUAUCUAUUUACUUUUUUUUUGUCAACUACUUAAUUUGGCAAUGGAUUUAAAUUUGAACUGAAUUCUGUCUCUUUAUUUACUUUUUCAACUAUUUAUUGUUCUAAAAUCCCAUGGAAAUGUAUUUCACGGUUUCUAAUUGGUUCAGUGUGAACGA